AUGUCUGCUGGGUCAAACCCCGAAAUCUUGUCAUGGACCGAAGAAGUUGCGAAAAGCGUCUGUUUACCUGACGAUACCAUCUCCCUGGUCCCAUCAAGCUCCACAGAUAGCCAGGCUGGGCGAUCAUGUUCAUUGAAUCCGUCACGCGUGAUAGCUGAAUUUUCUGCCGCUAAUCCUCGAGUCAAUAUACACGAACCUGCCGAUCCGCAAAGCCUCGCUGCAAGUCAGCCACUAGCAUCUCUAACACAAGAUUCUCAGUUCGGUGAGAAUGAAGACAUCGCUCAAAAAAUACCGAAUGCUUCACGCCAAUAUGUUGCUGGACUACGCAGUGAAAUUUCUUGGGUGAACAAAGUAGCAAUGCCGUUAUUGGAAGGGGCUAUUGCAGAAUUGCCCAGCCAAACAGAGUCUAUUGACCCCCAAUACCAACCUCGCUACACAGCCCGAGAUGUAUAUAACCGCAAAGUUGACUUGGUUGUCGGUCUUCCCGUGUACGACUGGGAAGCACAAUAUGCAACGGCGGGACUUCAUACACCGGGCAAAUAUUUUAACCAUAUGACCCAUCCGCAUACUGGGAACCGUGUUCUGGGCCCUGGUGUUGAGAUCAAAGCCGCCGAUGGAAAUCUGGUAGAAGCGCAAGUCCAGAUUGGGCUUUCGCACAACGGAAGAACUUGGAAGACCUGCCUCCGCUUGUUGGAUGUACUGCUGUUGGGGAAGAGAGGGUUCUAUAUUGGAGUCGGACUUGAAGGGCCGGAGCGUAUCUGGGGUCCUUUAGCUGAGCUAGAUGCCCGCAUCGCAAGUGUGAAACAUACGAUGUCUCUUUUGAGAACUCUCCGUCGAGUCAUGGAGUAUACAUUCGGGAAGUACAAGGAUGGGAUUCUGCGGGUCAUUAGUCCUGGUGUUUAA